GCCUUUCCUUACCGCGGCGCCCUCGUCUUUGCUCUUCAUUCCUUUUUCACCGCCCAGCACCCUCCCCUUCUGCUACCUCCCACAUUCGAAUUACCAGAACCACCGUCACCAUGAGUAAAUCUCAGUCGCCCUACGAUUCCCUGCGCAACAUUCCGCAGUACUACGAUUACGCGGAUUCGCAUAACUCGGCCCUCGCCCUGAUACUCGCUCUCCGCCCAGAAUGGAAAGAUUCAAAGGACACAAUUGAGUUUGUCAGGUUCACAGAUGGAAUCACAAACACGCUUCUCAAGGCGGUGAACAAACUACCCGGCCUAUCAAAGACCGAAGUCGAGGACGACGCUAUCUUGCUGCGCGCAUAUGGCAAGGACACUGACGUCCUCAUAGACCGCGAGAAGGAAGCUCGCUCUCAUUCGCUGCUUGCCCGCCACAACCUUGCCCCGGCUCUCUACGCCCGGUUUGAAAAUGGUCUCCUAUACAAGUUCAUUCAAGGCACUGUGUGUACGCCUGCCGACCUGCGUCGGCCAGAAGUAUGGCGAGGGGUAGCUCAGAGGUUGGGAGAAUGGCAUGCCACAUUACCUAUUUCGAGUAUUAGCAGCAUAUGUCCUGCGCCUGCCCAACUCACUUCGCAAAACAACAAGCGUGAGUCUCUGGCUGCCAUGGCCACACUCACACCAGGCAAACCCAUUCCGAAUCUGUGGACUACUAUGCAGAAAUGGAUCCUUGCCUUGCCGACCAACACCACUGCCCAGUCGGAGAGGAAAGAUGAGCUGAUGCAGGAACUCGAAAGUCUGAUGCAGAUACUUGGUGACACGCCAGGAAUCGGUGGCUCCAAUCCGUUUGUCUUCGCCCAUUGCGACCUCCUCUCAGGCAACGUGAUCAUCGAGCCCUCGCCGUCUUCCGCCUCAGCCUCUCGUCGGUCCAGUGUAUCUAGUUGCUCCGACGAGCCUGAGACGGCGGCUUGUGUUUCCUUUAUCGACUACGAGUAUGCUACGCCUGCACCUGCUUCGUUUGACAUUGCAAACCACUUUGCCGAAUGGGGUGGUUUUGAAUGCGACUACAGCGCUAUGCCCACACGCACCAUCCGUCGCGCCUUUCUCCGCGAGUAUCUGCGCAGCUUCAGUACACACCAAAACAAGUCGUAUAACGAGUCUGAGCUUGAUCAGUUGUUUGAGCAGGUUGAUUUGUUCCGUGGUGUCCCUGGUUUCUAUUGGGGUAUUUGGGCAUUGAUCCAAGCACAAAUCUCGCUCAUCGACUUUGACUAUGCUAGUUAUGCUGAGAUUCGACUAGGCGAGUACUUUGCGUGGAAGAAGGCUUACAACGGGCAAAAGGAAGAGAAGAACGAGCGCAUGGUUCUUAGGGAGAAGGUUUGGGCUCAGGAAGAGUAGAUUACGUUCGUCUUCCCGGCCACAAAAGAAGGAGGGAAAACAACAAUGAGAUGCUGUUGGUUCAAGGCUAGAAGGAGCGGAAACUCAUCAUGGGAUGAACUCAUCAUGGGAGGGCGCUGGGGUCGCUCGUCAUCUUUCUCUCUCUCUUUUUCUUCUUCUCUUUUCCCCCAAUCUCUAGCAGAGCACCUACCUUGGUCUUUUCGUUCAAAUAUCACGCUCCCAAUCUUAUCUACUACUUAUUUAAUGUCAAAAGAGAGAGGAAUGAUGAAAGAAAGAAGGAUAACUCAUAAUAUCAUCGUUAGAUUCA